AUGACGAGGGAGACGACGACGACGACGACGGCGGCGGAGACGACGAGGGAGACGACGACGACGGGUGCUCGCGAUGGCGCGAGCGGCGAAUCACCGCGAACGAUCUGGUCGUAUCGAGAUGAGUUUCACGGGAUGGCGGGGUACGACUACUCGAAAGGUUUGAGGUACACCAAGGACAAGAUAGCGCUGAUGACGCGGGCGAACGAGCGAUUAAUGGACGUGUACAAGGAGUGCGAUAUGCACAUCGAUGAUCAAGAGGAGCGAGCGUUGAAUAUGCUGCGUCGAACGCGGGCGAAACCGAUGCGGGCGCCGGACGAGCCGGCGCCGUUGACGCUGCGACCGUUCGGGGCGAAGCCUGGAGACGAGAGCGGAGACGUGCAAUACACGUACAUGAACGAGUUGACCACGGUUGGUGACGUAAUGGAAGAUGUCGCGGAGAUGGAAGGGACGUUUCCGAGCGCGAUCUCCCUCGUUCACGCGGGGAAGAAGCUUUAUCCUCCGAUUUUCACGCUGAGCGACUGCAACGUGCACGCUGGGUACGUCGUGUACUGGAUCGUGGACAAACACCUCGUUCAUCUCGACUGA